AUGGCUUCUCAAAAUACCUCCCGGCCUCGCGCCGCUACCACCACUAUACCUGCGAUGGGCCCCCCUUCAGCCAUGUUUCGACACCCUCAUGGCUCAAGUCAGGCUCAUCGAAGCCCUGUUUUGCACCAGGGGAGUCCACCUCUGGGGAUGAAUGACCAUGAUAUCACUAGUACGGCGCAGGCCCAUUACUCCGUCGGACCUACAUUUGGUGCUGGAGAAGGAGCAGGAAGCGAUGGCGAGUCCGAACCACAUAUGACCCCAUUCAUUGUACCACCAACAAUGCUAAUGCUGGACCACUUCCAGGUGAACCGAUUGACUCGGGAACUCUCUCUUCUCCGCCAGCAGACAGCCUCCGUGGCAUCAACAGCCUCCUCCACAUCGACGCUGAACGAUCCUGCCGAUGGAUUCCAUACCUCCCCGUCGUUGGGCAGCUCUACACACUCCCACUCCUCGCGACGUCAGCGUUCAUCCUCCAGCCUGAGUUCCCACACCGCUGCCCAAGGCACGCAGGCUGCCAGCGUGACAGGCAUUGCACCCUCUCGUGAGACGAGCAUGCCUUUUCGGUCGAAUGAACCAUCUCAUUCUCGCCCGGCGCGAAGUCGUGAACCAUCGCUCACCUCCCGCCGGCCCUCGAUUGGGUCAAUCCCAUCCCACCCACAAUAUUCUCACGGCGACCAGUUUACUCAUUACGGAAGUCCUUCCAUCUAUCCGCAUCGCAACUCAGUGUCCCAGACCCACCUGGGAUUGUCGAGCAAUCCCAUCUCGCGGUACGAGGAAACUCUGCUACACAAGUCGGAGUUGGAACAUAUAAAGCGGGAGAAUGAGCAGCUACGAAAGCGCGUCCGAGAGUUGGAAAGUGUGUUGAAGAAGCACAUGGAUGGGGAGCCGAGGACGCCGACCGACACUCCACCAUUAAUGGGGGAUUCUUAA